AGGAUAAUGAUGACCAUGAUGAAGACAAUGCUUCGGGUGAGAACCAGGAGGGUCCAAUAUCACGUUUAUUGACAAUGACUACUCACCUUGGUCCACAACCGAUAAAGCUAAUCCUGAAAGAAGAAAUAAUUGGGCGUUCUGAUAUAUCCCUUUUUGUUGGCUCUGAAGAGAUAUUAGAGAUAUGUAAGGGGAAUCAAAUGCUAAGUGCAGUGGUUCUACAAGUAUGGAUAAUGCAUUUGCAUGGGAUUUGUGUUCGAAAGGAUACUACACAUCUGUACGGGUUUUUUGACCCACAUACCACUCAAGAUGUGGGGAACAAGCGUGAAGAUAUUCAAACAUAUAUAAUGACUCAACUGAGUGAUGGAAACAAAGAGUGCUACUUACUGCCAUACUACUAUCCUAACCAUUGGCAGUUGUUUGUACUGUGCCCGAAGAAAAAUUUAAUUGUGUUCUUAUGCUCUUUGGGGAACAAACCAAAAGCAAACAUAAAGAGUACUCUAGAUUUGGCGAUGCAAGCACAUCAAAUGACAAAAAAUAAAAGGAAUUCCAAGCCGAAAUGGAUCAAGCCAAUGUCUCGAAUGCAAAGAGGGAGUUUUGAAUGUGGAUAUUAUGUUAUGAGGCACAUGUCCACUAUUAUUUCUGCAAGUGUUGUGGAUUCGUGGAUGGAGGUA